ACUAUCUUAUAGAACUUUUAAUUGUGUUUUAUUAUGAACAUGAUUACCCAACACAAUGCAAUGCUAUUUUCAUGACACUACUUUCUGGCAGGGACGAACACGUUAGGAGGCUGUAGUCGGCUCUAUCUAUUCUAAACGCUGUCCUUUUAAAAUGUAUCCUUGCAAAGUCACGUUAAAGGGGGCUCUAGGUGCUUUCGCUCCGCCCCCCGGCCACGUGACCUUUGAACGCUUGACGGGUGACGUCACCGCACGGCGCUCGGUGGUAGGGAGGUGACCGGCAUCUGUAUCUAAGACUGCCUGAUGGUCACCCCUGCCGUUUGCUGAAUUUGAUUCUUUUCAUUUACGGCGAUGUAAGCCUGCGCUCCACCCCCUGCCCCAGCUGCGCGGUGAGGGAAUCGGGGACCGUGGUCCCUGGACUCGUCUCCGUUUCGUUACACAGACGCGAGUAAUAUGCUGGCGAUUAAUAACGAAUAAUAAGGAGGCCCUUGUCCAGAGUAUCCGAAUAACAUAUGCAGUGGGACCCACACCCAUCCCUGUUAUGGACUGCUCAGACCAGGAACAUAUCUUUAGAAGAAUAGCAGACCCUUUGAUACUGGAGCCACAUUAUCUUGAAUACCUGGAGGUGCAGCUGUGGAGCACAGAAAUCCUGCAUCAUGUCACAGGGUUCAGGAGAGUCUGGGAGCUCUGUCCCAUCUGCACCGCUGAUCUCUGUGCAGGACCUGUCCAAUCCCCCAGGACCAUCCUCUCCACUCCAGCAGCCCGAUGACCUCAUCUCAUCUAGUCCUCUCACUGACCAGGUGACAGUCACCGCAGAUGAGACGUCCCCAUCGUCGACCAGCUCCUUUGAGAUCAUCGACAUGGAGGCUGUUCCUUCGGCCUAUGAAGCAGUGCAGCCGCACUGGUUUUACUGCCGGAGGGCUGACACCAAGGACUCCUGGAUGCCCUUCAGCACGGAGGACUCCCAGAAGCUGGAGCAGGCCUACAUGCUGAAUCGACACAUUUCCCCUCGAUUGGGUGAGGGUGAGUCAUGUGACCGAGGCUCUGUCUUGGGUGGCGGUUGCCCAGGUGGCUUGGGCGAGGAGGAGGAGGUGGUGGUUCCCACGGAAGGCGAGCGCUAUGACGUCAGGCUGAGGGAGAGGCGGCGCUGUGCCGUGUACUGGGAGCAGGCACCCACUGAGGUGCGUCGCUGCACGUGGUUCUACAAGGGCGACAAGGACAGCCGCUUCCUGCCGUACCCCGAGGACUUCAGCCAGAGGCUGGAGGAGGCCUACAAGAUUUCGGUCACUUUGGAUAAGUGGAAGAGGAAGCUGGAUUUUCCCACUGGGGAAAUGGUCAUCCUGCACAACCCUAAGCUUAUUAUGCAGUACCAGCCCAUCACACAGCAGGAUGAGUGGGUUUCUUCCCCCUCGGAGCAGACGCGGCCCCGCACUGUCAAGAGGGGCUUGGAGAACAUCUCUGUAGAGAUCCCAGAUGGGGAGCCGGAGAAAGUGGACCACCUGGUGUUCAUGGUGCAUGGCAUUGGUCCUGCGUGCGACCUGCGGUUCCGCAGCAUCAUCCAGUGUGUGAAUGACUUCCGCAGUGCUUCCCUAAGCCUUCUCAACACACACUUCAGGAAAGCCCAGGAAGAGCAGGCAGUCGGCAGAGUGGAAUUCCUCCCAGUGAACUGGCACAGCGCGCUGCACGGGGACGCCACGGGGGUGGAUGAGGACAUCCAGAGGAUAACGCUGCCCAGCAUCAGCCGCCUGCGGCACUUCACCAACGACACCCUCCUGGACCUCUUCUUCUACAACAGCCCCACCUACUGCCAGACCAUCGUGGACACAGUAGCAUCUGAGAUCAACCGCUUGUACCGCCUCUUCCUGCAGAGGCACCCGCAGUUUGCCGGCGCCGUGUCGGUGGCGGGACACAGCCUGGGGUCCCUCAUCCUAUUUGACCUCAUGACCAAUCAAAGAACAGGUCCAGGAGAAAGCAACGGGCUAAGGGGGAAAGUCGAUACUGAUGCCCCCCCACACGACUACAGGAGUCUUGAGGAGGCUCUAAAGAGGUUGGGCUUAGAGGAACUUAUUGCAGUCUUUAAAGCGGAACAGCUGGACCUGCAGUCUUUGGCUUUAUGCUCGGAGAAUGAUCUGAAGGAUCUGGGAAUACCUCUAGGACCACGUAAGAAGAUACUCAACUUCAUGAGCAGGAGAUGGAUAUUACAGGAUCUAAAGGCAAGAAGUCCAUUGCUGGCGUUUGGACAGCAGUCUUCCACAGAGGGAGAACAGGCCUCAUCCCCAGCUCCCCUUGAGCACCCCUUCCUGCGGCCUGUGUCCACCACCAGUGCAGUAGACUAUGAAUACUUUGAUGUGGGAAUUGGACAGCCGAAUCUGGGCAUUGCCACCGGGCAGGUGUCCAUCAACUACCCCCAGCUGGACUUCCACCCUCAGACCUUCUUUGCUUUCGGCUCCCCCAUUGGAAUGUUCCUCACGGUGCGAGGUCUCAAACGCAUCGAUCCCAGCUACAGCUUUCCAACCUGCAAGAGCUUCUUCAACAUCUAUCACCCGUUUGACCCAGUUGCCUACAGGAUGGAACCCAUGAUUGUGCCUGACAUGGAGAUCGAGCCCAUGCUGAUCCCCCACCACAAGGGCAGGAAGAGAAUGCACCUUGAGCUGAAGGAGAGUCUCACACGUAUGAGCACCGACCUCAAGAACAACGUGCUGGGCUCCCUGCGCACCGCAUGGCAGUCCUUCUCACGGCUGCCCAUCGCCGCGCUGCCCCCUGUGGGCGAGGGAGAGAGCAACACCUCAGGGCUGUCUGUACAGGAGAUGGAAGCCGGAAAAGGCACUGUCAGAAGGACAGACUGUAAGACAGACUUUUGGAAAAAAAUUAUGGAGUGGCCUAAAGUGAUUAAUUUAAGUUACUUUCAAGGUCCAAAAGUGGAGGAAGUAGAAGCAACUUCCGCUUCAGAGAGACAAACUGAGGAGCAGAACAUCGAAAUCGGGAUGCUAAAUGGCGGCCGGCGCAUCGAUUACGUGCUGCAGGAGAAACCGAUAGAGAGCUUUAAUGAGUACCUGUUUGCCAUACAGAGCCACCUCUGCUACUGGGAAUCUGAAGAUACUGCAUUGCUGGUGUUGAAGGAGAUCUAUGAAAAACUGGGAGUCGUUUUGGAACAGCCUCAGUCGUAGUAUGGAUGGAGACACCUUGGACUUAGCUGUGUUCUCGGGGAACUGGCUGUACAUUUUGCCGAAGUAAAUGCUCGCACCGAGCCUGGCUGGUAACGGCUGCUUGACGUCUGAAGCUGAAGAUCUGGAACCCAGCAGACAUCUGUUUCUCAGAUCAAUGGAAACUGAUUAAUGGGAUUCACACCAUUGACACAUUGGGUUGUGGAAUCUUCUAUGAUCAUUCUGUUAUUGGACCAUCAGCCUGUUCAAAGGGAAUGUCUGCUUGUAAGUUUAUAACCUGCCUGCAAACUUAUCUUCUUUUAAUUUAAGUUUAAAUUAUUUUUAUUGAUGUUUAUGUUGUAUAGGAUGAUAUGCUAAUUUUGCACAUCCUGGAGCUGGAGCAUGCUAACUGCCAUUGUGACUUGCCUCCAUCACUCCUGCAAAGACUGACAAAUUUCGCUGUUCCAUUAACCCAGAAAAAAAUGCAGCUCUGUUCCACUCGAUCCUUUUGUCCUGCAUUCAAAUGCACAGAAAUAUCUCAUGCCGCUAAAAAUGGUUUUCUUUGUGUUUAUGGAAGUAAGCUUAUGCUUAGCAUAAAAUAAAGUGAAUGCUAAUGAAGGGUGUUUCUAACAGUGACUGUUGUGUCUGCUACCUGUCUGUUUUACAUUAUCCAGAGAGGAAAGACAGCAGUUCCCUCCAUAUCUACCCCUCUAUUGCCAUUUGAGGACAAGAACUUGCUGCUAUGCCCCUUUGGCUGGGUGAUGAAGGAUUUUUGGCUAAUCGUGUGAGCCAUUUCACAGAGUAGCCCUUCAGAAGCACAAAGAAAACCCUUUUUUGUUUACUGUUAGGGUCUUGCUCUCUGCUGUUACAGAAUAAGACUCACCCUGAGUAGGGCGUCUAGUAACCUGCAUAACUCUUUGGGGUCUGAUUAUGCGUAAUUUUGUGUUGAUCCGAUCUGGUGCUGUGACUAUGGAGUCCGGUCAUAAACUGCUAUUCAGCUGGAGCAUUUUAACAUGGACGUUGUAGGAAUGAAUGACUGGUGUGUCCUAUUCGACUCCAUUCAGUGUAUGUGUUACAGAAGCCCGUCUCAGAGAAAAGGCCAGCCUUUGCUUUACAUUGAUGUUUGGUCUCUUCGUAUGAAACUCCAGUUGUCAUAUGCUCAGUUUACUUUUGACUGUGGUAUAUUUAUUUUCAGGAUAGGUGUAAUUUGAUGACUAUCACAUUGUACUAUAAUAAAUUUCCCAGGCAUAUCCUGUCGAACACACAUUUUUUGCCUCUUAAUUAAGGGAUGACCAAGUCCUUGAAGCCUUAUAUUUCAUACAGAUAUUAGCAAAUCAUUUUAAUUCCCAAAUUGCUUGCUCUGGAGCUACCAAAAUAAAUGAGUUCCUGUAAUGGUUGGGAUCAAACAAGUUUAAGAUUUUACAUAUAACAGAAGCACAAAGUGACUCCACAGUGGAACUGCCUCUCUAUUUCAGCAGCAACAAUGUGCACUUUAUUUUGAUUUGGAAACAAGAAAAUUAUUUUGUAUUUAUGUAUCAAACAGUAUGUUUACGUAUUGUGAAUGCCAUAAUAAACGUAACCAUAGCAUGUC